GGCGAGGCGAGGCCGGCCGUGGGCCAGCCCGCCCGCCCGGGGCGGGUUUCCUUCCGCGGCGGGGACGCGGGGCCGCCGGGGGAUGCGCCGCUCUCCCGCAGCGGCGUUGGCUUUGUUGCUGCCGUGGCCGCCUCUCCACCGCAGCCGCCGGGGGCGUGUUCGGGGGCGGGGGUGUCGCUGUUUGCCCCUUCCCUCAGGAGUCCGUUGUGCGGGCUGAGGGGACGGCCCCAAGCCGGGUUCGGCUCGAGGCACGAAGCAGAGGCGGCCUUGGAGGCGAGGGCCGGGGUGGUCUCGCCCUUGGGAAGCGGUGUCCUGGCUUGCUGCUGUGCGUGGGUGUUCCUUCCUCCUCCUCUUCGCGCUGUUCCCCUCCCUGGAACAGGCGCGGCGCUAGCCGGUGCCCGCAGGUCUGAGCGCACCUUUCCCCGCAGGCAAGGAGCGCAGCUGCUGCGACGCGCCCGGCUCGCCUUAAAAAGUGUUUAAUUACCGGGACCGGAACGAGCCGCUCGAUUCCAGGCGGGCGUAGGGAACUCCGGCGGUCCUGCUGAAGUUGUCACUGCUUGGGACUGUGCCUGCCUGCUGAUCCGGGUGAGAUCUCGCACGAGCUGUGGAGAUGACUACAGAAGCAGAACAACAGCUUCUCCAUGAUGCUAGAAAUGGAAAUGCUGAAGAAGUUAAACAGCUGUUGGAUACCUUGGACAAAGGAGAAAUAAGCUUUGAUAUCAACUGUAAAGGCAGAAGUAAGUCUAAUAUGGGUUGGACACCUCUUCACCUUGCUUGCUACUUUGGACAUGCUGUUGUGGUAGAGGAUUUGCUGAAGGCAGGUGCAGAUGUGAAUGUGCUGAAUGACAUGGGGGACACUCCGCUCCAUCGAGCAGCUUUCACAGGCCGUAAGGAGGUGGUGAUGUUACUCUUGCAGCAUAAUGCUGAUCCUUCUAUUGUUAACGGCAGUGGAGAGACUGCAAAAGAAGUUACCUAUGACAAAGACAUAAGGAAUAUGUUGGAAGCAGUGGAAAGGACACAAGAAAGGAAACUGGAAGAACUCCUCUUAGGAGCAGCAAGAGAGGGGGAAACAGGGAAACUGACUGCGUUGUUAAACAAGCGCAAGCCACCUGAUAUCAACUGUACAGAUCAGAUGGGGAACACACCCUUGCACUGUGCAGCGUACCGUGCUCAUAAGCACUGUGCAUUGAAACUUCUAAAAAAUGGAGCAGAUCCUAAAAUAAAAAACAAAAAUGAUCAGACACCCCUUGAUCUAGCCCAAGGUGCAGAAAUGAAACUGAUACUGGCAGGUAAAACUGGAAAGGUUAUCAACAAACCCCUGAGACGAUAUGAAGGUCUCCUGUGGAAGAGCUCACGAUUUUUUGGUUGGAAACUCUACUGGAUAGUUCUAGAACAUGGAGUGCUUUCCUGGUAUCGGAGACAAGCCGAUGCAGUGAAUAACGAUCAUCGUCAGGGAUGCAAGCAUCUAACACAAGCUAUCUGCACGGUAAAAUCAACAGACAGUUGCUUCUUUUCUGUGAGAUGUUUUGAUGACACUGUUCAUCGUUUCAAGAUUCCUAAAAAUAACCUUCCUUCUCAAACAAGAGAGAGCUGGCUAGAAGCAAUAGAGGACCACUCUGCAUAUAGCACUCACUACUGCACACAGGAACAGCUGAGUAGUGAUGACGAAGAUGAUGCAGUAUCCGUUACAGACCUACAGGACACUCUAAAAAAAGCACAAGCAUGCCAGCAAAGACUCAGUAAAGAGGUUUCAGACUUCCUUGCAAUGGUUAAAUCUUUGGAUGCUACAAAAGGAAUAUCUUCUCCCCUCCUGCAGAAAGUUGAUGUGGUCUCUGAAGUAUCCCAGGAAACAUGUGAGGCUCUGGCUGAGUGCCUUAACCUGUUCACAAAGCAAGAAGGGGUGAGGAAUUUGAAACUGGAGCAUGAGCAGGAGAAAAACAAGAUCUUGUCAGAAGCAUUAGAGACACUCGCUACCGAGCACCAUGAACUAGAGCAGUCUCUGGUUAAGGGAUCUCCACCUCUCAGCAUCCUCAGUGAAGAGCAGUUCUAUGAUGCUGUUUCAGAUUCGGAAUCUGAAAAAUCAUUAAGUGCGUUUGAAACAACAGCAGCCUACUCGUUAGAGGACAGCAUGGAUUCAAAAGAUACAAUAACUUCAAGCAUGUCUGAAGAAAAGGUGUGUGGCAGCGGGGAGUCGCUGUCAAACGGAAUCAAAAAGCACAGAACAAGCUUACCAUCUCCAAUGUUUUCCAGAAAUGACUUCAGUAUCUGGAGUAUCUUAAGAAAAUGCAUUGGCAUGGAGCUGUCGAAGAUCACAAUGCCGGUUAUAUUCAACGAGCCCCUGAGCUUCCUGCAGCGACUCACGGAGUACAUGGAGCACACGUACCUCAUCCACAAAGCCAGCUCACUUUCCAGCACGACCGAGCGAAUGCAGUGUGUUGCUGCAUUUGCUGUGUCUGCUGUAGCCUCGCAGUGGGAACGUACUGGGAAGCCAUUCAACCCAUUGCUUGGAGAGACCUAUGAACUGAUCAGAGAUGAUCUUGGAUUUAGACUUCUCUCAGAGCAAGUCAGCCAUCAUCCACCAAUCAGUGCUUUCUAUGCUGAAGGCUUAAAUAAUGAUUUUGUGUUUCAUGGAUCAAUUUAUCCAAAACUCAAAUUCUGGGGCAAGAGUGUGGAAGCAGAACCAAAAGGCACGAUGACUUUGGAGCUUCUUGAGCACAAUGAAGCCUACACAUGGACAAACCCUACAUGCUGUGUGCAUAACAUUAUUGUGGGCAAACUUUGGAUUGAGCAGUAUGGAAAUGUGGAAAUAACUAACCAUAAAACUGGGGAGAAAUGUGUACUAAGCUUCAAGCCCUGUGGCCUCUUUGGGAAGGAGCUGCACAAAGUCGAAGGCUACAUUCAGGACAAAAGCAAAAAGAAACUCUGUGCAUUGUAUGGGAAGUGGACUGAGUGUUUGUACAGUGUUGACCCAGCUACAUUCGAAGCUUACAAGAAAAAUGACAAGAAAAAUACAGAAGAGAAGAAAAGCAGUAAACAGGUGAGCAAUACUGAGGAAUCGGAUGAGAUGCCGUUGCCUGACUCUGAGAGUGUGUAUGUUAUUCCUGGAAGUGUUUUGCUAUGGAAGAUAACUCCAAGACCUCCAAAUUCAGCACAGAUGUAUAAUUUUACAAGCUUUGCUAUGGCUUUGAAUGAGUUGGACAAAGAAAUGGAGAGUGUCAUUCCCAAAACUGACUGCCGGCUACGACCAGAUAUCAGAGCUAUGGAAAAUGGAGAAAUAGAUCUGGCUAGUGAAGAAAAGAAGAGGCUAGAAGAAAAACAGAGGACUGCCCGCAAAAAUCGUUCAAAGUCAGAGGAAGACUGGAAGACGAGUCACCCAUCAUCCCAAAAUCCCAGAUGGUUCCACCAAGGCCCCAAUCCCCACACUGGUACACAGGACUGGCUUUACUCUGGCAACUACUGGGACAGAAACUACUUUAAUUUGCCUGAUAUUUAUUAAAAUGCAGUAAGGAGCCUCUGACUGAUACAAAUAAGUCUUAAUCUGUUUUAAUGUUUUCCCUUGUUCUACUUAUCUCCUGAAAAUACUGACAUGUUAUCAAACAGAAUAAUAAGCAUCUCUGCAAUAAAUCUGGUGGUACAUGAUCUGCAGUCCUAAAGGUAGAGGAAUAACUUUUCUGGAUGAUGGUGGGUCCUGCAUGGACAAAGUUGCUGUGGUUUCAAGCUGCCUGAGUACACCUAUAUUAGGUUGUGGUGUAUGAGGAAUAGAACACCUUCAGCUGUUCUGUGAAUACUUUAUUUUGUAGAUAACAUUGGCACAAGUAAAACUGGUUUUAUUUAUUGUGACAUGGGAAUGUUUAAAAAGCACACAAAGUAAUUGCAAUAUUCGAAUCUUAAAUGAAGAAAAGGGUGUCACUUCUGUAAAGAUGUAAUUUUUCAUAAAGUGACUUUUCUUUUACAAAGUAAUUCCCUUGAAGCCUGAGCUCUGCUCAGGAGAUUCCAGAAGUGUUCCCAUCUCUGGAGCAGUAAUGCAGUUGUUUAAGCUGGUAACAUUACUCAGAGGUUAUUUAUUCAAUGUUUUGUGCAGUGUGUUUUGAAUUUUGCUCUCCUGUUUUGCUACCAAACUUAUGAUUUAAGGAAUUAAGAGCCAUUUAAAUAUCUACAGAUUUGAUUUGAACUGCACACUAGUAACAGGUUUUAAAAUAAUCUGUUUCAUGCACUAGAAGUUCCGGUGCCCAGCACCACUGCAAGAACCUAAUCAGUCCAGGAAUGACCUGGUGGAACAUGGCAGGGGGACAGGACUGUGUCUGUACUGUGCAAACUCCCUGCAAGGAAGUCUUGUGCAUUUCAAAGGUAGUACAGCACCUCAGUGAGGCCUCCUGUGCACAGCUGCUUUACCCCUUUUCAGUGGGGUGCAUUCAAUCUUAGUCUGUUUAUACUGAACUGUGUACAGAGCUUCUAGAGGGCAAGCAGCUCUUUGUACAGUAUUUUAACUGCUGUCUGGAGGUUAGUGUUAAUUGAAUAAUUUAAUUGCUACUAAAUAAAGGCUUCAAAACUU